UAUAGUAAUGCUUGAAUAAAACCUAUCCGAGAUUAGUUUAUUUAAGGUUUAAUCGCUGGAAAGGCCUUGAUAUUUUUUUAUACAUUCUGAGUAAAUAUCUUAAAAUAUAUUAUUCUGCGAUGUGAUCAUCAGAGUCACAGCUUCAUAUAUAGAAGUGUAUUUGUACAUAAAAUAGAUAUAUAUAGGAGACUUCAAAGUCUUUUUAAAAUAUGAGAAAGAACUCGCGUCCUCUUCUAUAUUUGCAACAUUUAUCUCGGCGCGAAAUUAAUUGCGGUAUAAUUAUGAAGAUUAGAUAGUGCUAAGAUUGUAUCCAUAAAAGAGUUCAGUGUCGACUGUGCAGUGCCGAGAAUUAAUGCCAAGAUGUCUUCCCACCUGAAGCCGUGCGAUGUAGUACAAGACUUAGCAGGUGAAUACACCGCGAUUGGUAAAAAGGAUAACGGGGUAGAAACUUGGCGCAUACUGACAAGCGAACUGGUGGCAACCGCGAUGCUGGUCUUCCUGUCCUGCCUGCCAGCGUGUGGUGAAUCCUCACCGCUGUUGACCCGCGCAGUUGCUGCAGGACUUACCGUGGCGCUUCUCGUUCAGUGCUUUGAUCAUGUAUCCGGGGCGCACAUGAAUCCUGCCAUCUCGCUGGCGGCAGUGUUGAGUAGUCGUGUUAGUAUGGCGCGGGGUGUAGGAAUGAUGGUAGCUCAAGCAAUUGGUUCGAUAGCUGGCGCAUUAGCGGCAGUGAUGUUAAACAAUGGCAAAUCAGCUUACUGCGUUACGAUGCCAAAUGGAGUAGUAUGGCGUGCAGCGGCUGUAGAAGCAGUAUGUACUUGCUGUCUGACAUUGGCCAACUUGAGCGCCUGGGACAUCCGUAACCGACGUUGGCACGACUCGUGGCCAUUGCGCGUUGGCCUUGCUGUUUCGGCUUUAACCCUUGCCGCGGGCGAAAUAUCUGGGGCUAGCUUAAACCCACUCCGGAGUUUCGCGCCUGCUCUGCUCUCUGGCCACUGGGACCAUCAUUGGAUUUACUGGGUUGGACCGCUAGGUGGCGCGUCAGGGGCUACAGCCCUUUACGUUGCCUUAUGGCGGCUUCACUGACUCGGCUAUAUACAAGUAGCCUUCAUCGCCAAGCGCGGGUUGGUAGACGGCAACAAGCUGUUGAUUUUUGGAGGACCCCUCACACUGUCCAGGCUAUAUUGAGAUAAUUUGCUGCUCCUAGUCAAAAAGAUGCCAGGGUCUGACAUUACGUUUCGAGAAAGAUAAUAAAACUUACCGUCAAAAAUACACGCCACGGUCAAACAUCAUCCCAUUGUCUUCACGGAUCUUUUGUUUAGUUUUAAGACAACAAAUUUUGUGAAAUAAAGAUUGAUUUUAUUCUGAA